CGUCUUGUUUACGUUCCUGCUGAUUUACUCUACCAUCAAGUACCAUGGCCUUCCCACGAUGCCAAGUAUCGCUGCUGUGCACACUAUGACACCUGUACAAAAGAACAAAAACAGUUCAGUAUCAGAGUCAGUUAGUAAAUCCCUAAAACAGGAAGCAUUUAUCCUAAACAGGAUGAACAUAACACUGAACAACCGAGAUACAAAGCAAAUUGAACCAGUGCUUACAAACGCUGCUGACAGAGCGCCUGAAAUACUCAAAGAGGACCAUCCAAGGAGUCUUGGUGACAGUCUAAAAAACGAUGCUCUUGAUAACACCUUUCCUCCAAGGAAGCAGUACCAAGGCGAGUUUCAGCUUGUGGACGUUCGAAUUUUCGCAUAUUCUGCUAUAUACGAAAAUGCCAGCUCGUCAGUGCGGACACUUGUCCUAGUUCCGCAACCAUUCAAGUCUGUUUCUUUCUUCUGCAUACUGAAAAGGUCAAGGUCACAUCUCGGUCAUAAGGUGAAAGGUCACUUCCAGCACAUCCCUCCAAGUAGAUGGGGUACUUACAAAAAUCGAUGUGGAUUCGUUCACUGCCCAGUACCUCCCGACACCUACCCAGCGUUCAUUGCUGUCCUCACCACCGGGAUGUCGUCUUCCAACAACGUCCUCCCUGUCAACUACCCCGGAACCCCCUACAACAACCUCACCCGCUGUUACCCUGCCGUGCAUGGGAACUUCACCGACGUCAACUCACUAGUCACGGCGCUGGAGACCAGCAGAUACUUCGGGACAGACAAGUUCAUCUUCUACAACUACAGCAUACCAGAGCAGAUCAACAAAGUCCUGCUGCAAUAUGAGAGAGAAGGCAUUGUGGAGAUGAGGAACUGGAGGCUUCCCCUUCCCCCAGAGCAGAUCCACUACUGGGGACAGAUGGCGAGCAUCCAUGACUGUGUCUUCUCCCAGCUUGGAGUAGCGAAAUACGUUCUUCUUGCAGACAUUGAUGAAAUUAUUGUGCCUAAGCGGAACGUUUCUUUGGUAGAUCUAGCGGACAGAGUACUGAAUACAAAAGAUCCACGUUCUCAAAACGUAUACGGAGCUCUAAUGUUCCAAAACACGUUUUUUUCACUCUAUGAAAAUGAGACGAAAUAUAUGUUUACUGAAAAAACGAUUGCGAAGCAAUUCAAAAUGAAAGCAUUUCUACAUACAAACAGGUCACGCACAAAUGGUCCACAAUUCAGAUCAAAACUUCUUGUGAAGCCCGAGGCUGUGGAUCUGAUUCAUAUUCACAUAAUGGAGAAGUUCCUUCCUGGAUGGGUGAUGUAUGUAGUCAGCCCGGAAGUCGCCCUAAUGCAUCAUUAUCGGGAGGAAUACGACAGGCAGAGCCUUGGUCCUUGGAGUCAGGAUUUCACCUUCAUCCAAUACAGCAGUAGCUUAAUACCUAAUAUACAGAAACGACUUUUACAUCUGCAAAGUAAACUGGGAAUACAGAUUUGAUGUUUGUCAUCGGAUCAUCGUAAUAUAAACGACAAAAUCCUUUCCGCAUCCAAAAGAAAGUUAUGCUAAAAGCAGAGUCGAUGUGCAAUGCCGACUUAUGCAAUUCACCUAAAGAAAUGACAUCAGGGAAAGUGGGAUAUAAAUGAAAAUUACACCAAAACGUGGAUCCUACCAAACGUAUUUAUGAAAAUAUAAUCAGUCCUGCUGACUAUGGCACAUAAGUGUUUUCUUUUUAAUGUUUUCCUGAAUUUGUCAAAGUCGUGUCGCAUGUAGAUUAUUGGUAUUCUAGUUGAUCUUCCUUCAUUUAUCAUAGAAAAUGGUUUUCUCUUAU